AUGUCGUGGUUAUUUGGAAUGAAGCCGACUCCGCCACCGGAAAUACCGUCGAAUUUUAACCCACCAGGUGGUAGUACUCCACAAGAUCCUGGUGGAAAAGGUCAAGCAGAAAAGUCCGCGCGGAUGGCUUAUUCCUUUGACUCCACUGCUUUGGAAAGGGCGGCUAAAGCGGCAAGAGAUCUAGAGAGGUUUCCGAAUGCUAAAGAAGCUCUAGAACUCAGUCGUAUGCAAGAGAUCACACGACAAAAGGAAAUUGAACAACAAACUAAGCAAUUGGAAGCACAAAUACAGUCGAUGAAAUCAGAUCAAGCCCGUAUUGCUGAAGAAGAGCGCCGGAAGACUUUAAACGAAGAGACUAAACAUGCGAAAGCUCGAGCUGACUACCAAGACCAGUUGGCACGAAAACGUGCUGAAGAUGAACUGAUUAUGAAAAAUAGAAUGCAGGAGGAAAGCCUUAGAAAACAGGAAGAGAGCGUUAAGAAACAGGAGGCAUUGCGAAAAGCUACCAUCGAGCACGAACUGGCACUAAAACACAAGUACGAGUUGGAAAAGAUAGAGGUAGAAACCAGAGCACGUGCUAAGGCUGCUAGAGAGAAUCGUGAUGUAAAUCUGGAACAAAUGAAGCUUCACGAGGAAGAGAACAGGAAAACGGUUGUCGAAAAAAUAAGAACAAGUGGCCUUCUUCUUGGUGCUGGGCUUCAGGAUUUUUUGUCUGAUAAGAGCAAAAUGACUGCUGCCGUCGGUAGUUUAACCGCUCUAGCUGUAGGAUGGUAUGUUGCUAAGCGUGGAACCGGUGUCGUGGCUCGAUAUACUGAGGCGCGCUUGGGAAAACCUAGUUUAGUGCGAGAAACCUCUCGCAUCACGCCGUUGGAAACUCUUAAGCAUCCAUUAAAAACAGCAAAAAUGCUUUUUAGAUCGAAGCAAGACCCUCUAAAAGGAGUCGUUCUUGCGCCAAAAGCGGAGCGACGACUACGGGACAUUGCCAUUACCACAUCGAAUACUCGGCGCAAUAAGGGUCUUUUCCGCAAUGUGCUCUUCUACGGUCCUCCUGGCACAGGUAAAACACUGUUUGCAAAAAGUUUGGCACAGCAUAGUGGUCUUGACUAUGCCAUCUUGACUGGUGGAGACAUUGCGCCAAUGGGACGUGAUGGUGUGUCAGCGAUCCAUAAAGUUUUUGACUGGGCACAGAGUAGCAGAAAAGGACUUAUCUUAUUCAUCGACGAAGCUGACGCUUUCUUACAGAAGCGGUCAAAACAAGCUAUGACGGAAGACACUCGCGCUGCUUUGAAUGCAUUUCUUUUCCGUACCGGUGAACAGUCUCGACACUUUAUGCUCGUCGUUGCGUCUAAUCAACCAGAACAAUUUGACUGGGCCGUUAAUGAUCGUUUGGAUCAACUGGUUGAGUUUGAACUUCCUGGCCGAACAGAACGCGAGCGUAUUUUGUUGCAGUAUUUCGAGGAACAUAUUGCCAAGCCGGCGACUAGUGGUGGGUGCUACUUUUUUUUGCAGUUUAUCAAUUACGACUAUAUAGAAGAAUGUGCUAAGGUAGCAGACUUGACCGAAGGUAUGAGUGGGCGAGAACUCAGCAAACUUGUGAUAGGAUGGCAGGCGUCGGCUUACGCCUCGGAAGAUGGUGUGCUUACAUCUGAGAUGAUCGAUAGAAAUACAAGCGACGCAAUAGCACAACAUGAACAUAAAAUGGAAUGGCUUGAAGCGGAGCAACUCGCUGCAAGGAAUAAGGAGGUAGUAUUUGGAACGGCACUUAAGAGAGAAACUGCAGUCUAA